GUAGGUCAACUCAUUCAGCUGACUUCUACCAGACUUGCUGUUAGGUUUAAAAUACAGCUUGUGCACAAACAAGUACACUGAAGGAAUUACUAAAGAUACACAGGCUUGGAGAAGGCUCUGAAUCAUGGAUAGCCUCAGUGCAGCAAAUACCACUUUUGCAUUGGACCUCUUAAGACAGCUGUGUGAGAAAAACGGCACACGGAAUCUAUUCUUUUCUCCUUUUAGUAUUUCUUCUGCUUUGUCUAUGAUUUUGCUGGGUUCAAAAGGUAACACUGAAGCCCAAAUAGCAAAGGUGCUUUCUCUGAACAAAGCUGAGGAUGCUCACAAUGGGUAUCAGUCACUUCUCUCUGAAAUUAACGAUCCAGACACCAAAUAUAUCCUCAGAACUGCUAACCGACUUUAUGGAGAAAAGACAUUUGAGUUUCUCUCGUCAUUUAUAGAAUCCAGUCAGAAAUUCUACCAUGCUGGACUAGAACAGACUGACUUCAAGAGUGCUUCAGAGGAUUCCAGAAAACAAAUAAAUGGCUGGGUAGAAGAAAAGACUGAAGGUAAAAUUAAAAACCUGCUGGCAGAGGGAAUUCUUGAUUCAAUGACCAGACUUGUGUUGGUGAAUGCCAUCUAUUUCAAAGGCAACUGGGAAAAGAAGUUUGACAAAGAGAAGACAAACGAAGCGCUAUUUAAAAUUAACAAGAAUGAGACCAAACCUGUGCAGAUGAUGUUCAGAAAAGAUAAAUUUAACAUGACCUAUAUUGGAGACCUGGAGACCAAAGUCCUUGAGCUCCCAUAUGUUGGCAAUGAACUCAGCAUGAUCAUCCUGCUCCCUGAUGCAAUCCAGGAUGAAUCUACUGGCUUGGAAAAGCUGGAAAGAGAACUUACAUAUGAGAAGCUGAUAGAUUGGAUUAAUCCUGAAAUGAUGGACAUGACAGAGGUGAACGUGUCUUUGCCCAGAUUUAAAUUGGAAGAAAAUUACGAUCUGAAACCUCUUUUGAGCAACAUGGGAAUGCCUGAUGCAUUUGACUUACAGAAGGCAGACUUCUCAGCCAUUUCAGCUGGUAACGAGCUAGUGCUUUCCGAAGUGGUUCACAAGUCCUUUGUGGAAGUCAAUGAAGAAGGCACUGAAGCAGCAGCUGCCACGGCAGGAGUGAUGUUAUUGCGCUGUGCUAUGAUUGUUCCCGAUUUCACUGCUGAUCAUCCAUUCCUCUUCUUCAUCCGGCACAACAAAACUUCCAGUAUUCUGUUUUGUGGCAGAUAUUGCUCUCCCUAAAAAGAUGUCUUGACAAAGUGCUGCCGUUAACACGGUAACUUUGUUCCUUUAGGAUAGGAUUACUCUUUUGCACUAACUGCCUCUUUCAACUGUGCCUGAAUCCACUUCUCUGGUCAUUAAUUUGGGCUUCAGUAGAGUACCAGAGACACUUAGACAUACACAGCAGCUGCCAUUUAAAACAGGUUUGCUAUUCUGUGCACCUGAGUAGAGAGUUUUCUAACUUCUUGCUGACGAAAUAUGCUCAGUGAACGCUUGAAUCUGUGCUUGUAGUUCCCAUCACACUUUCCUUUUUGUGGCCACCAGACAGUGAAUCAGAUAGUGGCUGUUAUAAAUUAGUUGGAAAAAGUUUGAAUUAAGUCAAUCAAUUUAUUGAGUAAGCGAUCAGCAAGCAAAACAGCGCUGGACGGCCGGGGGAACUCGUGCUCCUCCAAGCGGCGCGCACCUUCCCCCUUUUGCGGUCCCCUUUUAUCAUUCAGUUCUUCCGGGUUCCGUGGCAGCUGCGUCAGUUGUUGCUAGGGGGUCGUCUCGUCCCUGUCGCUUCUGUCCCUCCGGUGGUCACACGGAUGAAGACAGCCAUCCUUCUCUCUCUUCCUUAUUCGGUUAUAUUAGUCCUUGAGACAGGGGAGUACGUUACCGAUUUAGCAACCUAUUAUUUACACAAUGUUCUCUCCACCACGGACCUGAGAUAUCCUGUCUCUGGGAGAUGUCUCAGCAUUCCAGCCACUGUUUGAAUAACUCCCUUCGUUCCUUUAAUGUAGCAAAAUAAUGAACAAACAUUCUUGCCGCCUAUCACAGUGACAUCUCAGAAAAGGAAGAAGUAGAUCUUGUUUCUGACAGAUUGGGAGACAUCUCAUGCUGUGUUCCCUGUUUUUCUUCCCAUCCCCAGUAUUUUUUGUCUUUUUUCAUUCUUCUAGAACGUUUAACAUUUUCAUAAAGGUGAAGGGAGAUGAAAGGAGGCUUUGGCAACCUGUUAUAUGUUAUUAAGCAUCCUGACUAGAUUUGGUUUUUUGGAUGAUAACUGGACAGCACUUAUACAAGAGUGGGAAUAAAAGUAUGUCUCUGUAAAGUGACCUUGCAGGUUUUCAUGGGGUAAGGAUCGUUGUCUUACCACUAUGUGACAGCUGGGUAUAUUAGCUAUCACCUAGUUUAUUAGUCCUUUAACAAAGAAUGUAAUAAAAAAGCAUAUGGUUCCUCUGUGGUAUUUAAAUGCCAAAGUUUUAUUUUUUUCUAUCUGUAUAUUUUUCCUAUUCAUGGUUUGUUAAACCUCUUUUGCCAAAGAUAAAAACUAAAGUGACUUUGCUAACAGUGAUUUGUUUUGCUGUUCCUGAAAUAAUAAAUGAACUCAUGGUGA